AUGGGGUAUUAACAUUUAUCUCAUCACAUUCACAAUACAAAAUUAAUAAAUUUUAGAUUUAUUACAUAUAAAUGGUAAUUUAAUAUAUCCGUAAAAGUGCCUAUAUGUGAAUGUCGAGAUAUAUACGGUUGACCACUAGAUGGAUGUAUUGAUAUGAUUUGGCGUAAAUAAAAUAUUUUUUCAUUCAUAAAAAUACUUCUAUUUUAUUGUAUCUGCUAAUAAACAUGGAUAAUUCCGCUAUACAAACGUUGGAAGCAGCGGCGCAAGUGCUAAUGGCGCCGCCUAAUUUAGUAAGCUCUGAGCAGCGACAUCAGGCGGAAAGUGUAUUCCUUGAAUUUAGGAGCACCAAGAAUCCAUAUCAACUGUGUAGAGAAAUUCUUGAAAAAUCAAAUACUGAUUGUGUACUCUUUGAAGGUGCCAGUCUUAUAAAGACUGCACUUAUACGAGAAUGGAACUUAUUAUCUGCGGAUGAUAUAUCUUCACUCAGAGAAUACCUAUUACUAUACCUUCUUAGAAGAGAAGUACCGCCUUAUUUAAAAGAAAAAUUACUACAGACUAUAGCAGUAAUAGUAAAAAGAGGCAGCAUAAACGAUGGUGGAAGAGAAAGGAAAGCAUUAUUGGAGGAAUUAGAAAAAAUUAUCCUUAGCUCCCCAAUAAGUCAGCAAAAAUUGGCAUGCUCGCUCAUUUUAUCAAUAAUGCAAGAAUAUGCCAUAACUGUGAAAUCUGCUGAUGUUGGAUUGAUAUGGGAAGUACAUUUUAAGCUAAAAAAAACCUUUGAAGGUCAAGAUCUAAAAAGAAUAUUUAGAUUUACUGUCGGAGUAUUAGAACAAAUAGUUCGAUCGGGUCAUCAACCAGAAGGAGAACAGGCAUCACUGACAAAACAGCUGUUAACAAUUGUGGAGACUGUAUUAUGCUGGAAUCAUGUAUCACCAUUACUUUCUAAGAGGUUGAUAGGUGCUUUUGAAGCCAUAUAUGAAAGUGAUACUGCACCUGCAUUGCGGCUUAGCCUUAAUUGGAGAGAUACCAUUAUGCAACCAGAAUUAAUAGCUCUGUUUUUUGAAAUACAUAUGUAUGUUCGAAACAACCCAGAUUUACUUAAUUCUUCACUUACAUGCUUAGUUCAGUUAGCUAGUUUGAGUGGUGUUGUUGUAUCAGCGAGUAAUUUGAAACAACAAUACCUGGAGAAUUAUGUAAAUAGUUUUGUAAGGAUUUUAGGCUUCAUUCAACCAUCGGAAAGAGAAAUGUUGGGUAUAUCACAGAUUUAUAGGAGAUUGGUUCAGUUUUUUACAGCAACUAUGAUAGCAUCUACUCCUCCAGCUUUUCUUCAAUAUUUAACCACCUAUACUUGCCAUUGCAUUAGAGGAUCUGUUAUUGAAGAAGGUGUUAAUGAUGAUACAGUAUGGAGAGAAUCUUUGAAUAAAUUUCUACAUACCUGGAGCUCAUUAGUCCACGAUGCGGAUGGAUUUCCAAAUGCAACGUUAAUGAGUCCUUGUAUAGAAAUCUUCAAUACAUAUUUGCAAUGUCGCUUGGCACCUCCUGAUGGAACGAGAGGAACUGAAGGUAGUGAUGGAUGUAAUGAUGAUAUUAAAGAUGAUAUGGAAGAAGAUGAACGACAGCUGCACAGUAAUAUUUUGUUAACUAUUGGAGCUAUUGCCCGAAAAGCACCAGCUCAUUGUUGCCAUGUGCUACAUACACUUCUCACUGAUAGGAGCAAAAGGCUUGAAAGUCAAUUACAGCUUAUGCACAUGGGUAAAAUGCAAAAUAUGAAUGGUGGGGAACAGCUGGUUACUUUGUUUGAGGAUCUGCACUGGAUUUUAAUGAUAACCGGACAUUUUCUCGCGUUGGACUGUACGGAGGGCGAAACAGUGAUCAUACCAUCAGAGCUCGUCGAGUACAGUGUCGCGCAGAACGCUAAUGUUGACGCUUCGUUGCGAUACUUAGUUGGUGAAAGUACAAGUACUGAGAAUGUUGAUGAUAUUUUAAAGUUGGUAGGUGAAAUCCUCCGCAUUAGUUCGUACGAGUGCGCGGCUCUAGAGGCGGGACUGGCGUCGGUCUUCAGCCCCGAACUGUCCGCAACGCUCUCGUGGUUGCUGAAAAUAUGGGCCAAUGCGUAUCUUGUCUUGCAACCGCCUCAAUGCUCUGAGGUGCUGGAGGCGGCGUUCGGGCGCGGCUCGCGCGGCGUGUCGUGGGUGGUGUCGCUGGCGGCGCGGCGCGCGGCCGCCACGCUGCGCCACCUCGCCGCGCAGCCGCCCGCCGCCAGGCACGCCCUCGCGCUGCUCGCCACGCUGGCGCACCCGCAGCACAGAGAAAAUCCCUUAGCCAGUUGCAGCGAGUUCCUGGCUUUAGUCGUGUGGGAGAUGCAUGGAAGCAACUUGCCCGGUGAUCUUAGAAGAGAAUUGCAUAGAGUCUUUGCUAUUGCUGCUACAUACGCUGAAGGUGAUGAAAGAAACCGACUUUUGAGUAGUACAGUAACCCUACAACAUAAGUUAAUGAACAUAAUCAACAUGGAAUCAGAUACGGAACCCGUUCGCAACAUGCUCGCAGACACGCUCGACUGCUUCAUAGGAGUCACUGAAGGUGUUCUCGAAGUUGGAUCGAUAGAUGAGCAGUUUACUUUGCUUAUGGGAGCUUUAGAUAAAAUACCUGGUAUUAUUUUCCGGUAUCAUAACUACCCUGGUGUAGUGUUGCCCGCUUUAAAUCUACUAGCCAAGAGUGCGAAAAGGAUGCUGCAUUCGGUUCAACUACAAAAUGUUACUAAAUUUCUAGAAGUAUGCAAUGCUACAUUCGAAGUUUAUAUGAGAUGGAAUUCUGGAAAAAUAUCGAGUAUUCCACAAGACGCGGAAGAAGAAGCAUAUGAGGACAUCUGCGCGCUGAUGGAGGUGAUCAGCAGCGUGUCGCGCUGCGGCGCGGGCUGCGGCGCGGAGGCGGCGUGGGGCGCGGCGUGCGCGCGCGGCCUGCGCCUGCUGCUGCCGCUCGUCACGCCGCCGCUGCUGGCGCUGCCCACGCUGGCCGCGCGCGCCUACCGCAUGCUGCGCGACCUCGACCAGGCCGACCAGAUAAUAAAUCUUCCCAUAGAAGACUUCAACAUGGUGAUAACAGCGCUCCGCGUCGGUCUGACGGCCGUGUCCUGCGACGUGUCCACGCUGUGCUGCGACACCAUCGUGGGUAUCGCGAACACGGUGCGGAGUCUGGGCGACGACAACGCGUACGCGAUAUCCCUCCUGUCGCUCGCGGAACUCUUACUGAUGCUCAUCAUUAAGAUGGAGAUACCGCCGGACUCGAUACCCGCCGCGGGGGCCGCUAUCUAUGCGUUGACGUGUGUCAAACCUGCGCUACUAGAGGGACUGGCGAGGCAGCUGAUCGAAGCCUAUGCGGUGAACGACCCCGCUAACGUCCCACGGUUGGAGGAAUCGUUCCGAGUACUCACGAAUGGCGUUCUUUUUGACGGCCUGAGAACGCAUAAGCUUAGAUUUCAGGAUAACUUUGAUAAGUUCCUAGCUAGUGUACACGGUUUUCUCAUUGUAAAAUAAAAAAUCUAACGGAAUUGUUAGGUUUUCAGCAGCGAUACAUAUAUUCAAGAAAAUCAAACGUGAUUCGAAUGAUUUUCUUCUGAAUUACUAGUCAUGAAGCCACGGAGGUUUAAUUCUCAAUUGUGGGAGUCUUCGAUCAAUUUAUGAAUUGCAAAUUGAAUUUCUGAUUGGGUACAUGAAUGUAAGUAAGAUAAGAGUGACCGACAUGUCCUUCCAGAGGGCUGUGUUAUAGUAUUAAAUAUAUAAACUAAAUAAAUGUUUUAAUUAUACAUUAUUAUCAAUGGAAAUCCAAAACAUUAUGUUUUUUUUUUCAUAUAUUUAUUUGUAUGUGGCCUAAAUUAAACAGGGUGCAAGUGAUUUAUAUAGUUUCUAUUGUUUUCAAUUUGUUUAAAAUUUUCGAGCGUAUAACAACGAAAUGUAUAAGAGUUAUAUGAUAUCGAGGUUGUGAAUGCGAAGUGGAUAACAUAUUUCUAAUUAAUUACAUAAUAAUUUAGUACACUUUAUUGUACUUAACGCCAGGGAAAUUGUUAUUUCCUAUAUGUACUAGCUUUUUAACUUUUAAAAUUUUUACACUAGAUAUGUAGUAUCUAUUGUAUUUAUUCGACUUUAAUUCCGUCUUUACAUUAUAAAAUACUUUAUCAUGUUUAGAUAAGUAUUUUAAAGCUUGUACGCUUGUCAGAUAUACGUAAAAUUAUUUCAAGAUGUUUUUGAGUGUGUCAAUCUUAUUGAUGAGUCCUAUUAAAAACUCAGAGUAAUGGAAAAACACACCUGCGCCACCUUAAUAGGGCUUAUUUUCCGUCGAAACUUUUCGUUUGCCAAAAAGUUAUAAAGCUUGCCCUUUGAGCUUGAUAUCAUUGAAAUAAAAUAUGACAAGUGUUAAUAAAUACUACUUGUGAGUAAACGUCUUUGUUGCUGUUCAAAAUCUAGGUGUUUAAAUGUACAAGAUAAUAAUAAAAUAUUUUUCAGAAAUAUCUUUAGACAUUAAUAUACAUAUAUAUUCAUUAUAGACAAACCCUGGUCUUCUUUAUACCUCAUCCAUAUAUGACUAUCAAGUCAAGUUUACUCACAAUUAUUAUUUAUUUAAAAUAUGGUUAAACUAUUAGUGUAAACUAUAUUUAUGGAUUAUUAAAUAUCUGAGAUAUGUUUUUUUAUUUUUGGAAGUAUCAAAUAUGUUUUAUAUUUUUAGCAAAUUAAAACGAACAAACAAUUGAGUUUGUUCAGCAUUGCCUUAAAUUAGUUUAAUUUUAGUUAAAUGAAUGCUUUAUUAAAAUGUUAUUGUUUAAAUAUAUGACUAAAUGGACAUUAAGAGAAAAAAGGGUUUUACAUAAAAUAUCGAAAACGAUAAAUGUAUCAUUAUUUUUUGUUACACUGUACUUUCUUUAUAAGCAUACACACAGAUUAUAAUAAAUUUAGGUUAAUUCUUAUACCAAGUUUAUAUGUUGCUCAUAUGAAUUGUUUGAGUACAAUAAAUCGCACAGUUGUAGAUUUAUAUUUCGGUAUUAUAUUGUGUUUUGUCCUAACCCGUUACUAUGUGUUUUCACUAUUUAUGACUGAAGUGUGUUUUUUCUCAUUAGCAGUCAUGCAACUUUUUACACGAGCCGUAUUUUACAAAUCAUACGACACGGUAGGGAUACCGUAAGUAAUAAGUAGUUCUUAAUUACUAAUAUGGUAUAAGACAUGAACUAAAAUUGGAUAUAAUAUUUGGAAAAGUUUUAAAGAUAACAAGACUUGAAUAUUAUAUAAUUAUUGACUAGAUUUCUUUUAAGGAUUUAUGAUUUCAGUAUUGUAUUAUAUGCGAAUAUCAUACUUGAAUAAGUACUUUAUAAUUGAGUUAUGGAUCAUAUUAUUCAAUUGAAAACACUUUAUUUCUUACCCAUAAUCUUGUACAUAUUCUAAUAUCGCGAAAUAU